UGCAGCGGUGUUGUUAAGUAAAUUUAAAUAAAGGAUUUGGUUUAACAUUCUGAUCCCUUUAUUGGUGUAAAUAUUGGAACAGACCUCUCAGACAUGCCACAUCCUACUCAAGUAGUAGCCAUACUAAAAGCCCAGCAAAUCCGACAUGUCCGGCUAUACAACGAUGACCGUGGGAUGCUAGUUGCUCUAGCAAACACAGGAAUUCAGGUUGUUGUAUCUGUCCCAAAUGAACAACUCCUUGGAAUUGGUCAAUCAAAUUCUACUGCAGCCAAUUGGGUGUCCAAGAAUAUUGUAGCACAUUAUCCAGCUACGAACAUCACAGGCAUAUGUGUAGGUUCAGAGGUUCUAACCGCUUUCCCAAAUGCAGCACCAGUCCUUGUAAAUGCCAUGAGGUUCAUUCAGUCAGCCCUUGUUGCAUCCGAUUUAGACCGCCAAAUAAAAGUUUCAAAACCCCUUCCUGCCUCCUUACUUCUUGAUCCUUUCCCACCUUCCCAAGCCUUCUUCAACCAUUCAUGGAACCCAGUUUUGGUACCCAUGCUCAAUUUACUGCAGUCCACAGGUUCAUAUUUCAUGCUCAACAUAUACCCAUACUAUGAUUAUAUUCUAUCUAAUGAUGUGAUACCAUUAGAUUAUGCACUUUUUAAGCCUCUCCCUCCAAACAAAGAAGCUGUUGACUCUAACACACUUGUGCAUUAUUCCAAUGUCUUUGAUGCUACCGUGGAUGCAACAUACUUUGCAAUGGCUUCUUUGAAUUUCACUAAUAUUCCUAUCAUAGUGACUGAAUCUGGCUGGCCAUCGAAAGGUGAUUCUAAUGAGCCAGAUGCAACUUUAGAAAAUGCCAAUACUUGCAACAGCAAUUUAAUAAGGCAUGUGCUGAACAAAACCGGAACUCCGACACAUCCUGGAGUUGCAGUCAGUACUUAUAUCUACGAGCUCUAUAAUGAGGAUACAAAACCUGGACCACUCUCUGAGAAGAAUUGGGGACUGUUUGAUGCAAAUGGAGAUCCUGUUUAUAUAUUACACUUGACUGGUGCAGGAGCGGUGUUAGCAAAUGAUACUACAAACCAAACAUAUUGCACCGCCAAGGAUGGUGCUGAUCCUAAGAUGCUGCAGGCUACAUUAGACUGGGCAUGUGGGGUGGGAAAGGUUGAUUGCUCACCUUUGCAGCAGGGAAAACCAUGCUAUGAACCAGACAACGUGAUUGCACAUUCAACUUAUGCUUUUGACACUUACUAUCACCAGAUGGGAAAGUCUCCCGAGGCCUGCGAUUUCAAUGGGGUGGCUGCAAUCACCACAACAGAUCCAAGUCAUGGUUCCUGUAUGUUCCCAGGAAGCCUUGGUAGGAAUGGUUCCUCUGUAAACAUCACAGCCCCAUCUAUGAAUUCGACAUCAGCUUCUUCUUCCUACAGGAUUUACAGCAAUGGGGCUUUAAGAAGUAUCUUAACAGUAAUAAGGGUACUAAUCUGCAGUGUCAUUUUCCUGUAGAGAGAACCGAAAUGUUUCGCCAUUGAGUUAAAUUUUUUGAGAAACAGUGGGUUCUAGAGAGUAGUUUUAGGGUAAGUAGUCCAUUCAAUUUUGUACAAAACAAGCUUAACGGCGUGUUGCGAGGGGCUAGCUUCCAUUGAAUUAUCAUCAUUCUUAUUAUUAUUAUUUUUUGCUUAACCUUU